AUGAUUUCAGGGCGAGGGGGAGCGGGGGCUCGAGGGCGCAUCCGCCCACCUCGUCGGAUUGUGCGUCCCAAUGGCCCUGGCGGCGAGGGAGCCGACUUCGAUGCAUGCUGGAACAUGAUUCAAGAAGCGUUGCGCGAUAUCCACAACAAGAGCUGCGGACGUCUCUCCUUCGAAGAGUUAUACCGAGCGGCUUAUAAGAUCGUGCUUAAGAAGAAGGGUGAAGUUCUGUACGACAAGAUUGAAGUCUUGGUCACUAAGAGCCUUAUCAACAUUGGCAUCGACAAUUCGUCAGCGGCCUCUGUCAACGAGCGGCGACAAACGGGCGAAAAGUUCCUCAAGGGCCUUCGAGAUACUUGGGAAGAUCACAACAUGUCCAUGAAUAUGACGGCAGAUAUCCUCAUGUACCUAGAUCGGGGCUACACGCAACAGGAGCCACGCCGAGUCCCCAUCUUUGCCACCACCAUUGCCCUAUUCCGAGACCAUAUAUUACGCUCAUGCCUUAACGCGAAUUCCGACAGCUUGAUUGUGGACAUUCUUAUUUCCGUCAUGCUAGAUCAGAUUGACAUGGAGAGACGUGGAGAUGUCAUUGAUCGAAAUCUUAUCCGUAGCUGCAGCCGGAUGCUGAGCUGCCUGUACGAAACUGAGGACGAAUCGGAGAGUAGUAAGCUCUAUCUUACCAUCUUUGAACCUCGAUUCCUCAGCAACAGCGAAACUUUCUACUCGAGAGAGUGCGACCGGCUACUACGAGAAUCUGAUGCUAGCACUUGGCUUCGGCACACUGAGACCAGGCUUUCGGAAGAAGAAGACCGCUGCGGCACCACUAUAGAACGCGAAACCCUUCCCAAGGUGUCGGACGUGGUGGACAAGAAGCUUAUUCUUGGUCACUUGGAUGACUUUCUUGCCAUGGAGGGCAGUGGCCUCAGGUGGAUGAUUGACAACGACAAGAUAGACGACCUCAGCAUUUUGUACAGACUCAUCUCGAGGGUGGAUGAUAAGAAGACGGCCCUUCGUGAAAUUUUACAAAAGAGAGUUGUCGAACUGGGACUGGAGAUUGAGAAUGUGUUGAAGAACACUGAUUUUUCGACAGGACAGGGUGAGGGCGAGGACGGAGGAGAUGGCGACAAGGCCAAAACGCUCAAUCCGGCCGCGCAACAAACAGCAGCAGCCAUCAGAUGGGUCGACGACGUGCUUCGGCUGAAAGAUAAGUUUGACUACAUGCUGGAAGCAUGCUUUCAAGAAGACCUGGUUCUCCAAACAGCUCUGACCAAGAGCUUUGCCGAUUUCAUCAACCUGUUUAAUCGAAGCUCGGAAUACGUCUCUCUCUUCAUCGACGACAGCCUGAAGAGAGGCAUAAGAGGCAAGACGGAAGCCGAGGUAGAUGCCAUCCUGGAGAAGGCAAUCGUGCUCAUUCGUUAUCUGUUGGAUAAGGAUCUCUUCCAGACAUACUACCAACGCCACCUGGCUCGUCGACUACUCCAUGGUAAAUCAGAAAGUCAUGAUGUGGAAAAGCAGAUCAUAUCACGGAUGAAGCAGGAAAUGGGACAGCAGUUUACAAGCAAAUUUGAAGGCAUGUUUAGAGAUCUCGUCACCUCGUCAGAGUUGACAUCGACGUACCGCGACCAUAUCCGCAAGCUGGACCCCGAAGGACACACCAUCGAUCUCAAUGUCAACGUCCUCACCACCAACUACUGGCCCCAAGAGGUCAUGGGCCGCUCUGCUCAGCUUGGAGAGACCCCAAGGAUGGGCUGCACCUACCCACCUGAAGUUAAACGACUGCAGGCUAGCUUUGAGCAGUUUUACCUGACAAAUCGCAACGGUCGAAAGCUCACAUGGAUUGGUACAACCGGCAGCGCGGAUAUCAAGUGCGUAUUUCCGGCUAUCGAGGGGAAAUCUGGCCCAUUGGCGCGGGAACGUCGUUAUGAAAUGAACGUUCCCACCUAUGGCAUGGUUGUCCUCAUGUUGUUCAACGAUCUAAGAGACGGAGAGAGCCUUAGCUUUGAAGAGAUUCAGGCCAAGACAAACAUGUCAACGUCAGAUCUGACGCGGGCACUCAUGGCAAUUGCCGUGGCGCCCAAGUCUCGAGUUCUGGCCAAAGACCCGCCAACAAAGAACAUAAAGCCUACCGACAGGUUUUCUUUCAAUGCUUCUUUCCAGAGCAAGACGAUCAGAAUCAAGGCACCUAUCAUCAACGCCGUCUCCAAGGUCGAAGAUAAGGAGGAGAGAAAGACGACGGAAGAAAAGAACAACCAAACCCGAGCUCACAUUGUCGACGCCGCAAUUGUGAGAAUUAUGAAGGCGCGAAAGGAACUCAAUCACUCUCAGCUGGUGAGCGAAGUCCUGUCGCAGCUGGUAGGCCGCUUCAAGCCCGAAGUCUCUCUGAUUAAGAGGCGGAUCGAGGAUCUCAUUGUGAGAGAAUAUCUGGAGCGGCCAGACGAAGACGGCGCACCGUCGAUGUAUCGCUACAUGGCGUGA